AUGGGGACCAUCCUGGAGGGUGCAACCAGGAGGACUUUGUCCAUCACCUUUUCUCUCCCUUCCAACCCAAACUCAGCUCUGGCUCUGCCCACUCUGGGGGUGGCAGGAAGGGAAACGCCUUUCCCUUGCGUGGAGGAAAAUGAAAGCAGCCACCGUCUUGCAGCUUGCACCAAGGUCCCCAUGGCUGCGCUGAGCCCCACCACUGAGCUCCCCAGUGAAGCCUCCUGCCCCAUCUGCCUGGAAUAUUUCCGAGACCCCGUCUCCAUCCACUGCGGUCAUAAUUUCUGCCGGGCGUGCAUCACUCGCUGCUGGGAAUGGUCCACGGUGAAUUUCUCCUGCCCGCAGUGCCGGGAGACGGCACCGGAGAGAAACCUUCGUCCCAGCCGAGAACUGGCGCGGGUGUUGGAAAUAGCCAAGAGGUUGAGUUUGCAGGCGGCCAGAGGGGAGACGGUGGAAGAGGAAGGUUGCAAGAAGCACUGGGAGCCUCUGAAGGUCUUCUGCAAAGAUGACAAAGCCUUCAUCUGCGUGAUUUGCCGGGAGUCCCGAGCACACCGCUCUCACACGAUGCUUCCCGUGCGGGAUGCUGUCCAAGAAUACAAGGGACAAAUCCAGGCGCAUCUGCAAGUCGUGAAGGAAGAGAGGGGCAAACUCCUGGGGAUUCGAGAGGCUGAAAUGAGGAGAAACUGGGAGUGUUUAGAGAAGACCGAAGCUGAGCGCCAGAGGGUUUUCUCCAAGUUCGAAGGGUUACGGCUCUUCCUGGAGGACCAUGCCCGUCACCUGCUGGCUCAGCUACGGGACCUGGAGAAGGACAUUGAGAAGACGCAGGAUGAAAACAUCACCUGCCUGACGAAGGAGAUCUCUCGUCUGGAUACCUUGAUCCAGGAGAUGGAGGAGAAGUGCCAGGAGCCAGAAAGCAAAUUCCUGCAGGACAUCAGCGGCACCUUGAGCAGGCUUGAAAAGGAGCAUUUCCAGCAACCUCCACUGCUUCUCCCAGAGCUGGAAAAGAAAAUCAGUCACUUCAGGGAGAAAAAUAUCGCUCUGGAGGAGACUCUGAGGAGCUUUCAAGACAUCCUGAUGUUUGAGCUGCCUGAAAAGAUGGAGGUGACCCUGGAUCCAUCCACCGCUCACCCCCAGCUCGUCGUGUCGGCGGACGGGAGGAGCGUGAGGUGGGAAGAGGUCCAGCAGGACACAUCUGCUGAGGGGUUUGGCACUGACCCCUGCGUGCUGGGCUGUGAGGGUCUCACCUUGGGGAGAUGCUGCUGGGAGGUAGAGGUGACACCCAAAGGCUCCUGGGCUGUGGGGGUGGCCAAGGAGUCCCUGAAGAGGAGGGAAGAGACUACUGCGAGCCCUGAGAUGGAGCUCUGGUCAAUGGGUCUCUGUGAGGGUCAGUUUUGGGCUCUCACCUCCCUUGAGCGUAUCCCACUGUAUCAGAUCCAGGUCCCCAGGAGGGUCCGAGUCUCCCUGGACUAUGAAAAUGGUCAGGUGGCAUUUUUUGAUGCUGAUAAGAGAGCCCUGAUAUUCACGUUCCCAGCCGCUUCAUUUAAAGGGGAGAGAGUUUAUCCCUGGUUCCUGGUGUGGAGCGAGGGAUCUCAGAUCGCUUUGUGUCCCUGAAGCUCUCCUUUCUUCCCCAAACACAACUUGAUGUCCCAAACAUCCCUAUUUCCAUCACUUUGGAGGAUUUCUCUCUUCUAAAGUCCCAGCCGGCCUUUUUUUUGGCCUCUCUUCCCAUCCUCAGUGAUGCCAAAGCGCUGAGCGUUUCAUUUUGGGUUGGUAUCCCAGACGAUCAUCUCCAAACCGGGGCAUCGGAUGGAGCCACAUCUGCCCCACAGCUUCCUUGGCUGCUUCUCCAACCUCAUGGUUUUAGAUGAAGUAAAAGUGU